CAUAAAUAUGUUGGUUGUUGUGAGUCUUUGUAGAGGGUGCGGAGAAUCAGCUCUUUAUUCUCUUCAUCUCUUUCAUGCCAUGCCGAUGCCAAUCAUCCGAAAGGCUUGUGGGUCAGGCGAUCGUGGUUGUACGCAUCGACGUUGUUCCUGAAUCUGAAUCAUAAUCAUACGAAAUACAGCAUAAGUAACUUACAUAUAUGCAGGGCUCUUUGGGGAUUUAUUAUUCACCUACUGACCAACAGCAUCUCUGCCCAACGGUGCAUGGAACAGAACGCCACCAUCGGUGAUUCUAGUACAGUACAUAUUAUCGACGACUCUAACGACAACACCGCUUGUCGAUCACCAACGGGCAAUGAAGACUGUGCCUCAAGGCCUCGUUGUUGGACGCCUAGUUUACGAUAUGCCAUGCGCCUCAUCCAACAAACACCUUCUGUACGCUGGUGACCUAGAAGUUCUCGUAUAUGAGUGCGUGUCUGUCUUGUGGGCCAGCCAGGUGGGUGUCUGUCAACUGCGUCUCAUGAUUACGACGACUUAAGCGCAGUGUAGGCUCCAGCGAUACUGGCAAGUUACGACCAGAUUGCAGAAAAUAAGGCUUACAAGGUCAUACAGGGCGAUCAGGCAAAUGUAUCUUACUAGGAAAUAUAUGGAUAUAUGGAUACAACUAUAAUUAUAAUUAUAGAAAGAUUUCCCGUCUGAUAUGCACAGGCAAUACGUGCCUAGAUCUUCUAGAUCGCGUUGCACGUGUGGCUCCCGGUGCCUCUGCCGCCACUUACCGUAUACUACUAAUCAAAGAUGCCAAGAUCCGAUAAGAACAAGCCGAGGUAUAUCACGACGCGGUGCCGACUACAUUUCCGUGCCGCGACUAGAAGAAGAUGGCUUUUAUAGCACUCUCUUAAUUACACUCGUUCUUCCUAUACCCUCCUAUCCUUAUACACGGCGUUUGCGAUAGAUUUAGACAUUGACAAUGGCGACUUCGUACGACUGGGCAACCACCACCUUCGCGGAAGCCACCGCAAUCAAGGCCAUCGACUCACACACCUACGAGGGCAGCUUCCCCCCCGACUGGUCUAUUGGCAAAGUCCCGAAUGGCGGCAUCGUAUGCGGCAAUUUCCUCGCCGUGGCAAAGCUGCACUUCGAUACCACUCUCAAAGCGCAGAACCAACCCCACACCAUCGCCUUCCACACCGACUUCCUGCGCCGGACCCAGGAAGGCCCCUGCCUCUUCAAAGUGACCGACACCAAGCUCGGCCGCCAGACCUCCGUCAUCCACAUCUCCAUGUCUCAGGGCCGCGAGGAAGUCGUCGCCUAUGUCACUCAGUCCAACCUGCACACCGAGGAGGGGCUUUCGCUCGACGCAGGCUUCGAGCUGCACCCUGCGCCGCCGCCGGUGGAUCUCGUCAAGCUUAAGGAGGGAAAGGAUGAGCACUGGGAACGCAGGGCCGAGAUGCCGUUUGCGAGUUUCAGGAAGGCGGUUACGAAGUUGCAGUUCCACUUCCCGAGGGCCGGGCAUCCGCACAUUAGUAUCGGGGAUGAGUGGGUGCGCAUGAAUACCGGGGAGAAUAUCACGAACCAGUCGCUGGGGUUCAUCGCGGAUAUGUUUCCCAUGCCCGUGGAGUCGUUCCGGGAGAGGGAGAACCGUGAUCCGGAGGCGGCUAAGAAGCCGCUGGGGAUCUACUGGUACCCGACGGUGCUGCUGAAUAUUGAGUUUAAGAAGAUGUUGCCGGAGGAGGGCGUUGAGUGGCUGUUUAGCAGGUGCAAGACGAAGCAGAUUAAGAAUGGGAGGAUGGAUUUGGAGCUUACUAUUAUGGAUGCGGAGGGGGAUAUUGUGGCGUUGAGCCACCAUGUGUGCAUGGUGCUGCCGGCGGCGAGGAAUGUUGCCCCGAGACGAGAGGAUGGGAGUAAGAUAUAGAUUAAGAAUGGGAGGAUGGAUUUGGAGCUUACUAUUAUGGAUGCGGAGGGGGAUAUUGUGUGUGCGGUAGUUUGGCAUUUGGGUGUACAUAUAUAGAUGGUACAGGAUGUAUUUACGAGACAACGUAGAAUCACUG